UCACACUGCUCUCCAAGUGCCGGGUACAAUUCACGUUGUCACUUUCGUUCGUCUGGGAGUGGGUUUUCAUAUCGAGUAGCCGAGGAACUCGGAACUUGGAGCACGGAAAAUGUCCAGAAAGUACGGCAAGCUGCAGCAGCAGUUCCUCUGUUGCUAUCCGGUGAACAAGAUGGCCUGGUCGUCGGUCACGCUGCCCCUCAGCUGGGAGGAUCAGCAGGAGCUGUUAGCGGCCACCUGUGGCCACCCGAUGAACCAGUGCUAUCCUGUGCGUCGCAGCUACCUGGAGGCCUUCCUCAAGCACCUGCUACUCCUGCUCGGAGAUCAGGAAGAUCUGCACGACGAUAUAUACAGCAGCUUGUGCGGUCCGGUGGCGGAGAACGAAGCGAGCACAGGGUCAUCCACGUACGCCUACAAACAUUAUCUCCUCGAACCGGGCGCCCACAUCACGCUCCGUGAGUCCACCAGCUUCGUGGCCGAGGGCACAACGGGAUUGUGCACCUGGGAAGCGGCUCUGGCCCUCGGCGAUUACCUCCUGCAGCACCGCGACCUGGUGCGUGGCAAGAACAUAGUGGAGUUGGGAGCCGGUGCCGGGCUGCUGGGAAUCAUGCUGAAACUACCGGCCCUGCAGCUGCAAGUGGGCCAGGUCCUGCUGACCGAUGGCAGUGAACCCUGCGUCCAGCUAAUGCGCGAGAAUAUCAGCCUGAAUUUUCCAGACACGCCCAAGGAGCAGAUGCCCCAGGCGGAGCAGCUAAACUGGGCUGCGGUCAGUGAGUUCCCCUGGGAUUCGCAUGCUAAAACGGAUCUUUUGAUAGCCGCCGAUGUGAUCUACGAUGAUUCCCAGUUCGAUGCACUGCUGGGUGCCAUGGACUAUUUGUACUCCCGACGCGGAGGUGGACUGGAAACCCUGCUGGCCAGCACGGUGCGGAAUGUGGACACGCUGCACAAGUUCAUGACCCAGCUGGGUGACAGUGGCUACAAGGUGACUCCAUGUGCGAACGUAUCGGCCUGUGCCAGCCACUUUUGUCGCGAUCACACCGCCGCCGUCCAGAUUAUCUCCAUAAGACGCUAGUUUUAGUCCUAAAAUAAACCUACACCACGUAAACAAACACCCACUAUCUGGAACCCACUUAAGGCCUUGAUUGUAUCUCUAUUGGGAUUGUUUGGAAAAUUGGAAAAGAAUUUACAGCUCUUUAAUGAUGAUAAAGAUACAACUGCAAAACCUUUUAGGCGGAUCAUAUGAAAAUGUGUAUAUCAGAAGUUUUGUAUCUAAUUUCCAAAGAAUUUGACUUAAGCAGUUAUAGUUCUAUAUUUAAUAUUCUUAAGUCGUUUAUAUGCCUUGAUAUAUAGACGAAAUUUAUAGCUUCUUCAACUCAGGCUCCUAUUUCUGUUGUCACCAAUUGUAUGUGGAUAAAGACUGAGAAGUCUUUUUAUUUUCGAUUCAUUAAAUACUGAGUAUUUGUGAUAAGAU